AAUGCAUCACUGUUACACCAGGAGAACAGUCACGCAGAGAUGGGUGAUAUGAAGUGUCUCCUCCUUUUGCUGUGUGCAGGUGUCACAGUGAGCGCAGCUGUGGAUCUGCAGAAGAGAAUUAUUAAUGGUAGUCCAUGUGGAAAAGAAGAGCGCAGGUACCAUGUCAAGUUAAUAGCGUCUGAUGGGACCCAUAACUUCCUCUGUGGUGGCUCCCUGAUCAGUGAGAGCUAUGUUCUGACUGCAGCUCACUGCUGGAAGGAUGGGGGGCAGAUGACUGCAUUUUUAGGAGUGCAUCCAGGUCCACCAGUUCCACCAGAAGGAGUGACAAUCACAGAACACCAUAUCUACAAUGACAGAAAUGGGGACCAUGACAUCAUGCUGCUGAAGUUAUCAAAACCCACUAAGAUUCCAUAUGUAGCUCUUCCUAACAAGAAGAAAUGUGAAAAUCGUCAUAAACUAAAAACAGUUCGGGUUGCCGGUUAUGGAGCCACAACUGUGUUUCCCAAUGGGACAAAAGGAAAGGAUAAACCAAAAGAACUCCAAUGUGCUGACUUCCCAGUCGUCAACUGUCAGAAAUAUCAAAAAGGUCUGCAGGGAAGCAAUGACACCUACGCUCGGUAUUUGUUCAAUGGCCAAACUAAAACUGUGGAUACUGCUCCAGGUGACUCUGGUGGAGGAGUCGUGCACAAAUGCAGGAUUUACGGGGUCCAUUCUUUCAGUGGUUUAAAUGCCUGCACUGGAAAUGCUGGAUUCAUGGACGUCUGUGAAUACAUGCCAUGGAUCAAAGAGAAAGUGGGUCUUGAUUUUUGGAACAAAGUUAGUAACAUAGCUUUGUCCAAGAUAGGGGGGAAAUGUCUUAAUCCUUAGUUGUCCAUGUGAAGCCCAUUUAAAAAGAGAAACAGCAGUAAUGCUGAAGCAUUACUAAUAAUUUAAAAAAUUAAAAAAAUGUAUUGGCAUUACUGCUAAAGCAUUACUGAAGUGAUUUGAUUUAACUGUUAGAGUGCAGAAAAUAACACGUUAAAAAAAUAGCAUUUUCCAAUAUACUCAUGAAAUGUAUUUUGCUUUUUAUUUGUCAGUUUGUCUGUGAAAUCUACAAACAUGUAAACAUGAUCAUGAUUAAUGAUGCAAUAAGAUAAAAUGAGACGCUACAUAAACAGAAUUAAAAUGAAUAUGACUCAG